CUCUGGUCCACUCCACACACCCGUUGCUUCUGCUCUUGCUUCUAUAGAACAUAUAAACACAAUGUCGUCACGCAAGAAGGUUUUGCUCAAGGUCAUCAUCCUCGGAGACAGCGGCGUCGGCAAGACGUCUCUCAUGAACCAGUACGUCAACAAGAAGUUCAGCAAUCAGUACAAGGCUACCAUUGGCGCUGACUUCCUCACCAAGGAGGUCAUGGUCGACGACAAGCUUGUUACCAUGCAGAUCUGGGAUACCGCCGGCCAAGAGCGAUUCCAAAGCCUCGGUGUUGCUUUCUACCGUGGCGCUGACUGCUGCGUGCUUUGCUUCGAUGUCACCACCCCCAAGACCUUCGAGACCCUUGACAGCUGGCGUGAUGAGUUCCUGAUCCAGGCCUCGCCCCGCGAUCCCGAGAACUUCCCUUUCGUCGUUCUUGGUAACAAGAUCGAUCUCGAGAACCGAGCUGUUUCUGACAAGCGCGCCAAGGCUUGGUGCGGACAGAAGAACAACAUUCCGUACUUUGAGACCUCCGCCAAGGAGUCAAUUAACGUUGAGCAGGCUUUCCAGACCAUUGCCAAGAAUGCCCUCCAGCAAGAGAGCGAAGCUGUGCUCUACAACGAGUUCCCCGACCCGAUCAAGAUUACCGGCGACACUGCUGGCGGUGACAAGGGUGGCUGCGGCUGCUAAAAGUCUUUUUGCUCUUUUUUUUUUUCCGGUUUUCGUAGUUUGUUUUGUCUACUUUUUUUUCUCUCUCUCUUUGAUCUGUCGCGCUAGAAGCGAUCGACCAGAUACUGCGACCGCGCCCACCCCACCCACCCUCUGAAUUGCCUUGCUGCCUGUCGGUGCGGAGUCUCUGGAGAUUGCUUGUGGUUGAAUUGUUGAUGAUUUUGUGCCAGUUUGUUUUUUUGUUCAUGUUGAAACUUUUUUUUCAAUC